AUGUUUUUAAGACGAACCUGGGAGGAGUAUUUGAACGAUACGUUCGUAAGACAGUUCCUACCAUGCGCUCAAGGGUACGACUAUCCCCGAUGGUCCCCCUUAUUGAAUGAAUUGGGACGACCCUAUGCCAGCAAAUUGGUCACAAAUGCGAUCAUGCAUUUCAAGGCUAACUGGGAAAAAUUCAUGCAGCGACUCUGGAUGGCCUAUUUCCUGCGAUACAAAAAAUACGUGGAAGAGUUUGGGGAGCUCACCCCUCAGGUCAUUGAGACACAGGCAGGCACCACCCUAACGUCUAACCUGAUCCGAUACUCUGGCUGGCUACUCCGCAAAAAUGAACUUUUCGAGGGACGGUCAUGGACCAUUAUUCCUAUGACUUCCCACCAAAUCAGUAUGGACUAUUCUGCGUAA